AUGAGUUAUUUGUUAGCACAAGUCCUACAAGCAAAUAUCUAUAUUCAACCUUUACAGUUUUCUUUAGCUAUCAUUACGAAUUUCAUCAAUAUACGUGUAUUAUGUUCCCGAGCGUUGCGUUCGUCAUCGUGCACGCAUUAUUUCCUAGCGUAUGCCGUAUUCAAUACUAUUUAUACAUGUUUAAUAUGUCCAACAUUAUUUUUAAAUGGCUUUCAUCUUGACUGGUCGAAUGAUAAGAUUGGCUGUAAGAUGCAAUCAUCAGUUCUCUUUCUAAUCCCAUUUCAAGCAAAUUUAAUGUUAAUACUCGCUUCAUUCGAUCGUUACUGCUCAAGCUCAAAGUCCCGUCGUGUUCAUUCGCGAAGUACAAUACGUACAGCACGCAUAAAUAUCAUCUCCGGUACAAUAUUAUCCACUAUUUACAUGUCACCUAUGUUAAUUAUCUAUGAAUGGAACCAAUCAAAUCAUCGAUGCAUACCUCGGACACAUUUGCUAACGAAUCUAUACACGUUUAGCCAAGUAUUUCUUUAUUAUACUCUGUCACCUUUUUUAAUGUUUCUCUUUGGCAUUUCAACUAUAAAUAAUAUUCGUCGACGGUCCAUUCGAGCAACACCAUUAACAAGUUCCAUGCGACGACGACGUACCGAAGGGCAAUUAGCUCGAAUGUUAAUCUUACAAAUCGUUGUUCAUCUGAUUUUUGUGCUUCCCUACGGUGUUAUCUAUUGUAUGAUUUCAAUCGAUCCCCUAGGACAAACAUCAACGAUUGCUGCCGUGCGAAAUAUAUUUCUCACCUGGCAACAGUGUGAUUAUUUUGUAUCCUUCUUUUUGUACAUUUGCUCGGGAAGUGUUUAUCGGCGAGAACUUCUCCGCAUAUUAACGUUUAAGAAUACUCGAAAUAUCUCCACGCCAUCUUUCUCUAGAAGCCGAAAGGAUACUUUCCGAGAUACCUCAUUGAUUACGACAACAACCCAAUCAGUAAAUGACGCUAUAAAUCAUGUUUUUGUGUAA